GCUGCUGUUGAUCUCAUCAGAGAGGGCUGGGACACGGGACCAGGCUUUCUUGAUCAUGGAUGGUGAAGAUAUACCAGAUUUUUCAAGUUUAAAGGAGGAAACUGCUUAUUGGAAGGAACUUUCCUUGAAGUAUAAACAAAGCUUCCAGGAAGCUCGGGAUGAGCUAGUUGAAUUCCAGGAAGGAAGCAGAGAAUUAGAAGCAGAGUUGGAGGCACAGUUAGUACAGGCUGAACAAAGAAAUAGAGACUUGCAAGCUGAUAACCAAAGACUGAAGUAUGAAGUGGAAGCAUUAAAGGAGAAACUGGAGCAUCAGUAUGCACAGAGCUACAAGCAGGUCUCAGUAUUAGAAGAUGAUCUAAGUCAGACCCGGGCCAUUAAGGAGCAGCUACAUAAGUACGUGAGGGAGCUGGAGCAGGCCAACGACGACCUGGAGCGGGCAAAGCGGGCAACAAUAGUUUCGCUGGAAGACUUUGAACAAAGGCUAAAUCAAGCCAUUGAACGAAAUGCAUUUUUAGAAAGUGAACUUGAUGAAAAGGAAUCUUUGUUGGUCUCUGUACAGAGGUUAAAGGAUGAAGCAAGAGAUUUAAGACAAGAACUAGCUGUUCGGGAGAGACAGCAGGAAGUAACGAGAAAGUCGGCUCCCAGUUCUCCAACUCUAGACUGUGAAAAGAUGGAUUCUGCUGUCCAAGCAUCACUUUCUUUGCCAGCUACUCCUGUUGGCAAAGGAACAGAGAACAGCUUUCCUUCACCAAAAGCUAUACCAAACGGCUUUGGUACCAGUCCACUGACUCCUUCAGCUAGGAUAUCAGCACUAAACAUCGUGGGGGACCUCUUACGGAAAGUAGGGGCUUUAGAAUCCAAAUUAGCAGCUUGCAGGAAUUUUGCAAAGGACCAAGCAUCACGAAAAUCCUAUAUUUCAGGGAAUGUUAACUGUGGGGUGAUGAAUAGCAACGGCACGAAGUUCUCUCGAUCAGGGCACACGUCUUUCUUCGACAAAGGCGUCAAGAGACAAAAAUUAUACCAAAUCCUCUGAAAGAGUGGCUGCUGUCCUAUGUGAGGAGGCUCACGAUCAGCAGCAAUGCCCUUCAGAGAUCCCCCCACUUCAUCAGUCUUGGCAGCAGCGGGGCGGGGAGGGCUGUGGACUCAGCAGAGCCCAGAGGCAGGCAAGCUUCUCACGUCCUCAUCCACCAGACUCACCCGGGGGGCGCUGUGAGCUUCAAGUGGGAGAGCGACACGAGGAGCCUAACGUGGACCUGAGGCAGCCCGGGCGCCCCCAAUGUCAGUCCCCUCCCCACCCCGCCAGACACUGGGGGCGACGUCCAGGAAAGGCUUUCCAGGCCUACCUGUAACUUAUUCGCUUUCUCGGCCAGUUCCACCCUGAGUCUGUCUCCUUCCGAGACCUUGGCGUGGAGCUCCUGGACCUGGGCGUCCAGCUUCUUCCUCUUGUGCUCAGACUCGGCCUUGACCUGCUGCAGCACUUUCACCUCGCACGCCAGCUCCUUGUUGUCCGUCUCCAGGCCCUGCUUGUUCUUCUCCAGAUUUGCCUUGAACUAGGAGAGAGAAGGGAGGAACACUUCACUCGCAGUUCUACAACAGAGGACGCAAAGGGCGUGGCUUUGGUGUCCGGAGAACCGUGCUGACAUGGAGUGAGCCUGCAGUCGACAUCUGUUGCAUAAAUGAAGGAAGACACCUGCUGUUCUCGGAGUGUGAAGACUUCUGUGGGCGGAGCACCCCUGUACACCCCGCUCAGGGCAGCAGAUACAGUAUGGGGGGGCGCUGGCAGCACCGCGGGGGGCCAGCAUGUGAGAGGCGGAGGCGGGAACGAUGAAGCAAGGGCAACGAUGUGUGCAGUGCCUGAGACAGACUGGAGGCGGGAGGGGCAGGGGGCAGGGCACCAGGGACACCCAAAGGGCCUGGCGGCUUCUGGGCAGCAGGUGAGCGAGAGCAGGACGUGCAGCUGCUGAAGCUUUAGAGCUCAGUCAUCAGGAGGAAGAGGGCUAUCAGUGAGAGGAAUAUGUGAUUUAAAAAUAAAAUCAGGGGCGCCUGGCUCCCCCAGGCCAGCACUGUGCUCUCAGAGAGCGGCCGCUGCGGGAGCACCUGGACCCCCGCGCUGCCCACCGACGUGUCCCUACCCUCUUCGCCUGCUCUAGCUGCUCCGACAGCUCCUCCAGGGCGGUCGCGUGUCUCUGCCUCAUGUCCUGGAUCUGAGCCUCGUGGUUCUUCGUUUCCUCCUCGAGAGCUUUCUUCAGCUCUGCCACUUCUUGUUCACGUUUGGUGCUAGAGAAACAUAAUUUUAGAGGAAGAAGCUCAGAAUUAGUUGAAUGACUAAAUUAAAUGCACAUUUUUAAAGUUCUGCUUUUGUUUGAAACAUGACAUGGAUUCCAGGAGGCUGGCGUGU